AUCAUCCUCUUUGCCCGUUUAUCCCUUCCACAAGGCCUUCAUUUUUCUGAGCACUUGCUCAAAUAACCACCCUUGAGAUUCGACCUAUAGUUCAAAAUGACUGCAAAGCGGCCCAUGACGAAUUUGGAACCGCUUCUUGCCCCAUCAACCGAAAGAAUACGGACUAAAUGGGAUCUGCAAAGUAACUUACUCCGUGACAACUUUACCUUGAAAACAUGGCUACUCUUGGGAGCUGUUCUUCAAGGUCUCAUUACCUUAGUUUUUCAGAGCUCGUACACGGUUCUACCACCAUUUCUGAUGUUAUUAUUCCUAUUUGUCAAGACCAGUUUAAUGACACUUGGCUUCAUCGAAAACCCUCAAAUGGCCGGCGUUAUUGCUGGCAAAUUCACGGCAUUACUCCCUGACCGGAGUGGGGUGUUCUCAGGACAGGCUGCUGAUCAAAAUGUCACGUUGAUUAUACUGGCCGCACGCUCAAACCAUCCGAUGGGGAUAUUCGGUCCCGGCUUCCAAGUGUUGGGGGACUAUAUGAAUCGAAUGCAGGCUCAGCUGGCAAACAAUGCACUGCAAUACAACUAUAUCCUCCUUUCUGUGUGGUCUGUCAGACUAAGCACUUUUCACAAUAUAGAUCUCGGCGCAACCUCCUGGCUAGGAAUUGGCGAGCGUUCAACGGCAAAUCAACUGAUGUUUGCGACCUACUUUCGAACCUUGGAAGAUGUACACGCAUAUGCACAUAGCCAACUUCACCGUGAGGCAUGGAAUUGGUGGAAUGACAUCACAAAAUCACACCCACAUCUCAGUAUCAUGCAUGAAGUUUACCAAGCACCAAAGAUCAUUGGGAAAAUGUUUAUAUCAAUAAUCAUCUUACAGGCAUUGGUGAGUCAAGCUUCGCUUUGA